AUGGUUGCAAAACAUCAGGUUGAAAAGUAUCAAUCAGAUGAGGCUACGACGGAUCCGGAAGUCAAACGGGUAAAAUUAGAAAAUGACUACGAAGACACAAAACCAGAAGAGGAUGGACCCAAUGGAAAAGAAGCCACAGACAAAGUGAAUAACGGAAAUUUUGGGAAGGAAACAGAAAGAAUUGGAGGAUCUGAAGUCAUUACAGAUGUGGAAAAGGGGAUUGUCAAAUUCGAAUUCGAUGGUGUUGAAUACACAUUUAAAGAAAGACCCAGUGUGGUCGAGGAAAAUGAAGGGAAAAUCGAAUUUAGGGUGGUAAAUAAUGAUAAUUCCAAAGAAAACAUGAUGGUUCUUACAGGCUUAAAAAACAUUUUUCAGAAGCAAUUACCAAAGAUGCCCAAAGAAUAUAUUGCCAGGUUGGUUUAUGACCGGAGUCAUCUUUCAAUGGCUGUCAUUAGGAAACCAUUGACUGUUGUAGGUGGUAUAACGUAUCGGCCCUUUGAUAAGAGGGAAUUUGCGGAAAUUGUGUUUUGUGCCAUUAGUUCCACAGAACAAGUUCGAGGUUAUGGUGCGCAUUUAAUGAACCACUUAAAGGACUACGUCAGAAAUACCUCUAAUAUAAGAUAUUUCUUGACAUACGCGGAUAAUUAUGCGAUCGGUUAUUUCAAGAAGCAAGGCUUCACAAAAGAGAUCACCUUAGACAAAAGUGUAUGGAUGGGGUAUAUUAAAGAUUACGAAGGCGGUACAUUGAUGCAAUGCUCUAUGUUACCGAGAAUACGAUAUCUAGAUGCAGGUAAGAUCCUGCUACUCCAGGAAGCGGCACUACGAAGGAAAAUAAGGACGAUUUCUAAAUCUCACAUUGUAAGGCCCGGGCUAGACCAAUUCAGAGACUUAAGCAAUAUCAAACCAAUUGACCCGAUGACUAUUCCUGGUUUAAAAGAAGCUGGUUGGACCCCCGAAAUGGACGCCUUGGCGCAACGUCCGAAACGUGGUCCUCACGAUGCAGCAAUACAGAAUAUCCUCACGGAAUUACAAAACCAUGCGGCGGCCUGGCCUUUCUUACAACCAGUUAAUAAAGAAGAGGUGCCUGACUACUAUGAUUUUAUCAAAGAACCAAUGGACUUGAGCACGAUGGAAAUAAAAUUAGAAAACAAUAAAUACCAAAAGAUGGAAGACUUCAUAUAUGAUGCCAGGCUGGUAUUUAAUAAUUGUCGACUGUACAAUGGUGAAAACACAUCUUACUACAAGUAUGCUAAUAGGUUGGAGAAAUUCUUCAACAACAAAGUUAAGGAAAUACCCGAAUAUUCUCAUCUGAUUGAUUAA